AUGGCGUCCGAAGACGUCUCUCCGGCGCCCGCGGCUCCAAGCAAAUCGGUAAAAGACGAAGGUUUGGACACCGACAACAAGCACAUGGUGCAAGACAUCAAGCCCUCAGAUGCAGAGGGAAACCAGAUGAAGUCGGCUCCCGGCGAGCUUAAGCGCAAGCUGAAGAGUCGCCAUCUUCAAAUGAUUGCCAUCGGUGGCACAAUCGGCACCGGCCUCUUCAUCUCUAGUGGCACGGCCAUCGCAAACUCGGGCCCGGCAGGCGCCUUGAUUGCCUAUCUCUUUGUCGGAUCGAUCGUAUACUCAGUGAUGACCUCUCUCGGUGAGGUCGCGACCUAUAUCCCCAUCCCCGGUGCCUUCACCUCGUACGCCGCUCGUCUUAUCGAUCCUAGCCUCGGCUUCUCUAUGGGAUGGAUUUACUGGUUUAACUGGGCCUCAACAUUUGCCGUGGAGCUCACCGCUACUGGAACGAUCAUUCAAUACUGGGAUCCCACUCUGAAUAUCGCAAUUUUCAUCGGUGUGUUCUGGGUGCUGAUUACUGCCUUGAACUUCUUGCCCGUGAACUUUUAUGGCGAGCUUGAAUUCUGGUUUGCGGCGAUUAAGGUGAUUACAGUUAUCGGAUUCAUGAUCUUCGCAAUCUGUAUCGAUGUCGGUGUAGGUGACCAAGGCUACAUUGGCUUUAAGUAUUGGCAUGACCCUGGCGCCUUUGCAACGCAUCUGAUUGAAGAGCCUAUCUCCGUUGGCAGGUUCGUGGGAUUCUGGUCUGUCUUGAUCCAAGCCGGAUUCUCUUACCAGGGCACAGAACUCGUCGGCGUCGCAGCUGGAGAAACCGAGAAUCCCCAGAAAACUGUGCCGUCUGCUAUUCGCAAGACCUUUGUGCGUAUCUUGCUGUUCUUUGUCCUCACGAUCUUCUUCAUCGGCCUUCUUGUGCCUUAUACCAACGAUCGACUGGCGACUACUACUGCCAAUGCGUCCUCAUCGCCAAUGGUGAUUGCGGCCGAUCUUGCCGGUGUCAAAGUCUUGCCAAGCCUGAUCAACGUUGUACUCCUGACAGUCGUUCUGUCUGCGGCCAAUUCCAACGUGUAUAGCGGCAGUCGUAUUCUGCUUGGACUGGCGCAUGAAGGCUUUGCGCCGAAGAUCUUCGCCCGGACCACCCAGGGCGGUGUGCCUUAUGUCAGCGUAAUGUUUACGGCCCUCUUUGGCCUUCUCGGCUUCAUGAAUGUUUCCAACGAUGCUGGACAGGUUUUCAACUGGCUCGUCAACCUGUCUAGUGUGGCUGGAUUCAUCACCUGGUCGUCGAUCAAUGCAUGCCAUAUCGCAUUCAUGCGCGCCUUGGCUGCCCGCAAAAUUUCCCGCGACACCCUCCCGUACAAGGCCAUUCUUCAACCCUAUCUGGCGUGGUACGGUCUGUUCUUCAACAUUCUCAUCGCCUUGACUCAGGGCUUUACUGCCUUUAUUCCCACUUUUGAUGUGAGCAACUUCUUCGUGGCGUACAUCUGCCCGAUUGUUUUCGUGGUCCUGUAUGUUGCCCACAAGAUUGUUGUGCGGCCCUCAUUUGUCAAGGCUGCGGAGGCCGACUUGGAUACGGGUCGCAUUGAGUAUAAAAAAGAUACCGGACCUCCAAAGGCUUGGCACUGGAGGGUUUGGGGAUGGAUUACCAAAUAA